AUGCGUGCAGUUGGUAAAUCGCUUUUAUACGAUUUAUUGAAAUCGGAAAAAUUUAACGUUGUCACUUCAAUUGGACGAAGAGAAAUUGAAUAUGAUGGUCCAAAUAAGGAAUCUUUGAUUCAAAAAGUUGUUGAUUUUGAAAAAUUGAAUCAACAUGCGGAUGAUUUUAAAGGGCACGAUGUUAUAUUUUGUACAUUAGGUACAACAAAAGCAGCAGCAGGAUCAGCAGAAAAUUUUAUAAAGAUCGAUAAAGGAUAUGUGAUAAAUUCUGCAAAAUUGGUUAAAGAACAAAAUAUCAACAAUAGUAAAUUACAUUUUUUAUAUUGCUCGGCCGGUUGGACAGAUGCUAAUUCAUCCAAUUUAUAUAUGAGAGUUAAAGGAGAAAUCGAAAAUGAACUGUGUGGAAUUGGAUUUGAUCGUGUUAGUGUUUUUAAACCACAUUUUUUAAUUCCAAAGGAACCUAGAGGUAGAUUAUUGGAAAGUAUUGGUAUGAGGACGGCCAAAUUUUUUAUGGGAAAUAGAGCUACUAUUGAUGUAGAUAUUGUUGCUAGAGGUAUUUACUUGGGCUUUUUUGGAAUGGUUUUUUGGUUGUAA